GCUCCCGGACGAAUUAUAAAGUGGCUCCUGCCGCCGCAGCCUGGACGGCGAGGGAGGCUGGCGAGGUCGGAGACCCGUCUCUGCGCUGCAGCCGCGGCGACGCCGAGGACCGUGAGACUGAGGCCCGGCCGCUUUCCUGGCUCUCCCCCCGCCGAGAGUCGCCCCGGACCCGGUUUCCCCGACCGACCUGCGUGCCCCGAACAGCGGCAACCCCAUGGCGCGGUUCCUGGGACUCUGCACUUGGCUGCUGGCGCUCGGCCCCGGGCUCCUGGCGAUCGUGAGGGCAGAAUGCAGCCAGGACUGCGCCACGUGCAGCUACCGCCUGGCGCGCCCGACCGACCUCAACCCGCUGGCUUGCACUCUGGAAUGUGAGGGGAAACUACCUUCUCUCAAGACCUGGGAAACCUGCAAGGAGCUUCUGCAGCUGACCAAACUAGAGCUUCCUCCGGAUGCCACCAGUGCCCUCAGCAAACAGGAGGAGAGCCACCUGCUUGCCAAGAAGUACGGGGGCUUCAUGAAGCGGUAUGGGGGCUUCAUGAAGAAAAUGGAUGAGCUGUACCCUCUGGAAGCGGAGGAAGAGGCAAAUGGAGGUGAGGUCCUUGGCAAGAGAUAUGGGGGCUUCAUGAAGAAGGAUGCAGAGGAAGAUGACGGCCUGGGCAACUCCUCCAACCUGCUCAAGGAGCUGCUGGGAGCCGGGGACCAGGGAGAGGGGAGCCUCCACCAGGAGGGCAAUGAUGCUGAAGACGUGAGCAAGAGAUACGGGGGCUUCAUGAGAGGCUUAAAGAGAAGCCCCCACCUAGAAGAUGAAACCAAAGAGCUGCAGAAGCGAUACGGGGGUUUCAUGAGAAGAGUGGGUCGUCCAGAGUGGUGGAUGGACUACCAGAAAAGGUACGGUGGCUUCCUCAAGCGCUUCGCCGAGCCCCUACCCUCCGAGGAAGAAGGCGAAAGUUACUCCAAGGAAGUUCCUGAAAUGGAGAAAAGAUACGGAGGAUUUAUGAGAUUUUAAUCCCCUUUCCCAUCAGUGACCUGAAGCCCCAGCAAGCCUUCCUCUUCCCCCAGUGAGAGACUGCUGCGCUGGUGUGUUGUAUUGUCUCGUGUCACUUGCAUUAUAUAGUUGACUUGAGAGUCCAGAUAAUUAACUAUACAACCUGAAAGCUGUGAUUCCAGGUUCUGUGUUCUAAGAAUCUUUAAGCUUUUAAAUAUUGGUGUGUUGCUGCUGUCUUGUUUCCAUGCUCAGUUUUUGUUAUCACUUUGUCCUUUAUUUUUGACACAAUGCCAAUAAAUGCCUACUUGUGUGUAGAUAUAAUAAACCCAUUACCCCAACUGCA